AAAGGCUUGCUGCUUUAAACAAUCUUAAACCAGAUGGAGCAGCUCCAAUAUCCCCGCCGUGCACACAUCAUAGUAUUCACCGCAACAAGGUCAAGAAUCCAAACCAGUCUAUAUGUUAAAGUCAAUGUGAACAAUCGUUUAUUAUUAAUGCUAACCGAUUGUUCACAUUGACCGUAACAUAUACAUGAAUCUAUCCAGUGGAGAUCGGUUCAUGACAUCAUGGCACCCUUAAAAAUGCAAAUAUAUGUCUUUUAGGUUGUAACCUCUUUUAUAAUUCGCCUUGUAAACUACACAGAUAUUAAGCAGUAUCCAUCUUUGGUUUUCAAUAAUAGAAAGGAAAUCACCUGAUCAAAUAUUUGAUGAAAUAAUGAAAGGGAUUGGAAUUUAGAAAAUGGUUGAGGAUGACUGGGGCCUCUGGGCUGAUCAUCAGGAAAAAAGGCUUGCUUCUUUAAAUAAUCUGAAAUCAGAUGGAACAGAUCCAAUAACUCCACUAGUGCCUGCAUCACAAUAUGCUCAUCAAAAACCCAAUCCAGCCUCUAUAUUAUUGAAAAAGAAAUCAAUUAAAACACAUCUAGGGCCUACAUCACAACGUUCUUCUCAAGAGCUCAAGCCAGAUUUUAUAUCAUUGACGCAGACACCUACAAGAACAUAUCUAAGACCUCCAUCACAAUAUACUCCUCAAGCACCCAAUUCAGCCUUUAUGUCAUUAAUCCAGAAACCUAUUAGAACACAUAUAGGACCUUCAUUGCAACGUGCUCCUCAAGAACCCAAUUCAGACUCUAUAUCAUUAAUACAGAAACCUAUUAGAACAUGUAUAGGACCUCCAUCACAACGUACUCCUCAAGAACCCAAUCCAGCCUCUAUAUCAUUAAUAUCACAGAAACAUAUUAGAACACAUCUAAGGUCUGCAUCACAAUAUAUUCCUCAAGAACCCAAUUCAGACUCUAUAUCAUUAAUCCAAAAACCUAUUAGAACACAUAUAGGACCUCCAUCAAAACGUGCUCCUCAAAAACCCAAUUCAAUUUCCAUGUCAUUAAUGCAGAAACUUAUUAGAACACAUCUAAUAGACACAUCUAAUAGAAUUGAUCUUGAAAUUCGAAAAAUAGACACUAACUCGCCAUUUUAUUCUGUAAAAUCAUUUGAAGAUUUUAAUUUGCGCCCAGAGUUGUUGAAAGGAGUAUAUUCAAUGGGUUUUAAUGGUCCUUCUAGAAUACAGGAAAGAGUAUUAUCUCUCCUAACAGCAGAUCCCCCUCAGAAUCUAAUUGCUCAGUCGCAGAGUGGAACUGGCAAAACAAUUGCUGCCAUUAUUGCUGCCCUACACCGGGUUGAUUCAAAUCUUCAUUAUCCUCACGUAUUAAUGUUGUCUCCGAUAUUUGAGUUUGCAGUGCGAACAGGAAAAGUUGCCAAGAAAAUGGCACAAUUUUGUCCUAAUAUUGAAGUUCGCUUUGCAAUAAGAGGUGAAAACCUCGAAAGGGGCCAUCGCAUUACUGAACAGCUUUUAAUCGGGACUCCUGGGAAAGUUUUCGACUGGGCAGUUCGUUACAGAUUUUUUGACCUUAAAAGAAUUCAGUUGUUCGUGUUGGAUGUAGCUGAUCUGAUGAUCACGACACAAGGACAUGAAGAUCAAAGCAUUCGAAUUCAUAAACAGCUUUCUAAAGAUUGCCAGAAAAUGCUUUUUGCAACCGCUUUCUCUGAUGAAUUGAUGAAUUUUGCCAAACAUAUAGCUCCAGAUCCGGUCAUAAUAAGGCUCAAAAAGGAAGAAGAAAUUUUAAAUAAUAUUAAACAAUAUUAUACUGUAUGCAAAUCACCAGAAGUGAAAUAUGAGGCUUUAGAUAGUUUGUGUGGCGCUCUCUGUUUCGUUCGAAUAGUGAUCUUCUGCAACAUCAAAAGAACGGCAGCGUGGUUAGUGGGAAAGAUGACGGAAGAAGGACAUGAUAUGGCUUUACUUACUGGAGAAUUAGCUGUGGAACAAAGGAUGAAUGCACUUAACCGUUUUAGAGAGGGUAAAGAAAAGAUUUUGAUAACAACCAAUGCUUAUGCUUCGGCAAUCGAUGUUGAACAAGUGGCCGUAGUCAUAAACUAUGAUCUUCCUGUGCAUUUUAAAGGAGAUGCAGACUGUGAAGCUUACCUCCAUCGUAUUGGGAGAACUGGACGAUUUGGAAAAACUGGACUCGUCAUUAAUUUAAUUGAUGGUGGUGAAUCCAUGGCCAUUCUGGAGCAAAUCGAGAGUCACUUUGGGAAGAAAAUCAAUGAAAUAGACGACAAUGAAGUUGAUUCGAUAGAAGCGAUGGCCAAAUGAUAAUUUGUUGAAUUCGCCUGCUUUCAUCUAAAUCUACAUCAUUAUACCAAGUUUACACUGGGCCAGUUAUAAGAUGGCCAGUAGGCAGCGCAUGCGUAGACAGACAAUGCUGUUCAGUCCAUGGCAAGUGUAUCCCGACAAGACGACAACAACAUGCCGCUCACUGUAUUGUAUUUUUUCUUACUGAGUAUGCAUUUGUAGUAUUUGACGGUUUUUUUUUUCUAAUGGAAAAAUUGAUCACUUAUCAUAGAUUAUUUCCGACAUUUUUGGUCUUUGUUCUUUCUGAUGCGAGAUUGUGCAUGUGUGUGUGUUUUCAAUUUGUUUGCCAUUUUUCUCUAUCGUUUUCCAAAUGUAGGUAUGUUGACAUUUUUUUUUUAUUUUACUAUGUUUUUUUAUAUAUUAAAUAUAUUUAUAUUAAUAUAUAAAUAUAUUAAUAUAAAUAUAUUUAAUAUAUAAAAUAUAUAAAUUAAAUAUAUUUAUAUUAAUAUAUAAAUAUAUUAAUAUAUAAAAUAUAUAAAUUAAAUAUAUUUAUAUAUUUUAUUAAAAUAUACUGGCUAUUUUAUAAAUAUCCAUCAUUUUAAUACGAUACGCAGUGAAAAAGAAAAAUUCAGGGACGCCAAAACGGCAGUUUAUAGCCAAACAUGGAAUGCCUGAAUCUAUCUUAUGAAAUGGUGGCAAAUAUAAAUCUGUCCCUUUCACGCAUGCGCUGGCUAUUUUAUAACUGGCCGAGUGAAAAACCGGCAUUAAAUAAAGUCUCAUUUUCCCCAUUUUUAUUUUUCAAUAAUAGAGAAAAAAAAAUAUGUUUCUGAUUAAUAACUGUGUAAUUUCAGGAGUUCCUUUUCUGCAGUUUUCUCAGUUUUUAACUUCAUUUAAAUUAAAGUUUUUUUUUCUCCAAAUGAUACGAAAUGCGGUUUUAUUAUCUAUAUUAAAAAAAUCAAACGAUUAUCCUGGGAAUGUAAUAAAUAAUUUUUUUUUUAUAAUUUGCUAAAUUCACACACAGAAGUUCAUGUGAAGUUUUUAUUAAUCUUGUAGGUAUGAAGCCUGCCUGAAAACGGAUUCCUCCCUUCUGUUCAUUGAUAGAUAUUUCUUUAUGAAAUAGACAUUCUCAUUUGCUUUUAAAUGUAAAUUAAUUUUUAAUGAUGACAAAAUAAGAUUAUUUAUUCUAAUAAAUAUCUCUAUUUUUUGUUAAUAUCUUUAUGUGUGUAAUUUAAUUUUGUGUUUGUCAUACAUAUUAUUUGAAAUUUUGUAUAAA